AGAGUCCAGAGAGAAGGCCAGGAAAGCAGCGCUAGAAAAGAAAAAAUGGGGGGAGGAAUGGAGGCAAACAAGAACAGGUUCGUGGAGGAGUGGGGCGCCGCCAGAGAAAAUCUGGAGCACAACUUCCGUUGGACUCGCCGCAAUUUCGCCAUCAUCGGUAUCUUCGGCAUCGCUAUCCCCGUCCUAGUCUACAAGGGCAUCGUCCGCGAAUUCCAUAUGCAAGAUGAGGAUGCAGGCAGACCAUAUAGGAAGUUUCUGUGAGUGCUGAGACUGCUUCAGAAUAACUGUGGGACUAGUCACAGAAGGAUCUCUACAGGACCACAGAUUUUCCUCUCCUUGUACGGGAAAGUAUUUCCUUUGUUAAUGUCAAUGCUCAUCAAACAUAAUGUUAUGCGAAUUUUUGUUUUAUUUUGGGUUGUAUUUUUCUGUUAAGAAUACUGUGCAAUUAAUGGCAAACUUCUGCUUUUACUAAGAUUUUCCCUAGUUUCUUCUCUUAAUCCUGAUUUCAGAGAUGCACAAACAGAUUCCUACUAUAAUCCUCUGGUUUAAGUUUGGUUACAAGUUUUAUUAACCAAACAGGCAUAUGAUAACAGGCAUAUGGUUUCAUUUGAUGUAUCAAAACCAGAAUUAUAAUAAAGUUGUAUUGCAGAAUCAGUAUGAAAUCGUAUUCUGGUGUUU